AUUUGGUUACAGCACGACGGGCGCCAUGUCGUUUCGGAAGCGGAAUAUAGGGAUCUCGUCGGGAGAUAACCGUGAGAUUAAUCAGAGCACUGCUGGGGCGUCUACUGCGCAACAAGCUGAGGCGCUUCCGGGCGUGCGACCUUCACCUGACGAUGGACGCCCGACAACCUCGACUGGGUCUCGUUCUUUAGAUAAUUUGCUUGCUGGCCAUAGCGGAUUGCCACUUGGGAAGAUUCUACUCAUUGGGGAGAACGGGACGACGGAUUUUGCAGGCGCAUUACUGCGAUAUUAUGCAGCGGAAGGCGUUGUUCAGGAGCAUCGAGUGCAUGUUGUUGGUAUAGGAGAGCAGUGGGGGAGAACGUUACCGGGACUUAUAGGAUCUGCCGAUUCAGCAGAUGAAAAAACUGACAGGAGGAGAGACGAGAAGAUGAAAAUUGCUUGGAGGUAUGAACGCUUGGGCGAAUUCGGGGCGGGUUCAAGAGUCCCUACCGAACCAGCAGAUAAGUCUGCAGCUCCAGCAGAUAAGCAGCAAGUAUUCUGUCACGCCUUCGACCUAACCAAGCGUCUCACCCAUCCGUCCUUGUCUACAUUAAACUAUAUCCCUCUUGCGCCUUCCAGAGGAUCGCCCUUCCUACCGGUCAUGCAAAAUAUACGUUCCGCUAUUUCUGCUAGUCCUCCGAAUACAGUGCAUCGAAUUGUCAUACCGGCGCUCCUCAACCCUGGUACCUAUCCCCCCGACGCAAGCCAACCUGAUUAUCUGAUUCAAUUCAUCCACUCUCUCCGUGCGCUUCUUUCCCAGAAUACACAUAACAUCACUGCAGUGAUCACACUUCCCCUUUCGUUAUAUCCUCGAUCUUCAGGACUUGUUCGAUGGAUCGAACUUCUGUGCGACGGAGUGAUUGAACUAUGUCCCUUCCCACACUCAUCAGAUGCAAUUGCCACGUCUGGCGCAGCGACGGCAAAUGAGGAGCCACCCCAGGGCACACUGAAAACCCACAGACUUCCAGUAUUACACGAACGCGGAGGGGGGAGCGACCAAAACAUCGGAGUAGACUGGGCGUUUACACUUAGUCGGCGAAAAUUUGAGAUCAAGCCGUUCAGUCUGCCUCCAGCAGAAGGAGACAAUGAAGCCCAGCAGGCAGUGGGAAAUAGUGCAAUGCCCAAAAAAGCUGAUCUUGAGUUCUAGCCGAAUAUCAAGGGUUGACCGACGUGUCAACGUUCAUGCUCAUCCUCCUCAUCGUACUGUUCUUCCCGGUACAUAUCAUCCAACUCGAUCUGUUCUGACAUGGCAGGGCCGGUGUUAGUCAUUGUCCGCAGGUAGUCUCGGCCGUAUGCAUCUGCGCCAAUGCUUGAUACUCCACGCAGGCGAGCUCGAAAUCUGUCUCCUAGGCAAGAGGAGAGCGCCAGGAACGCCAGUAGCAGAAUUAGCGGGCCAAAGAAGACCACCAUUAUCAGUAAUAUGAAAUUCAUGAUUAUAGAGUAUGCGCUCUACGCAAAUAUCCGUAUGCGUUGGAAAGAGAAAAGGGAAGCUAAUGACGAUCGAGUGAGCCUUCGAGCUAGCCCCCUAAACGGGUUAGCCUAGCUAGGUCAAAUGCGGAUCCACCAUAAUGACUGAUAAUUUUCAUUUUCU